AUGCAUUCUGAAGCUACAAAAGGAAGCCCAUCAGGUUACGCAAAGAGCAUUUCCUUGCCCGAGGUGUUUAGAAAUCUAAACACUGCAAAAAUCUUUGCAGUGGAUAUUGGUGAGUUGCAGAAGCCAAUGUAUCGGACAAUGUGGCUAUUCAUCUAUUUAAUUUCUUGAAGAGGUUUUUCUUUUAAUAUCUCGAACAGAAGCGCUUAUUAAAUGGAAGUCAAGAAAGAGAUUUCCGCCAAAUCAUAAAAAUUGGUAUUUACAAACUUGGAAAAUUGUAACCAACUUUUUUUAAAUUUGUAUUUUUUUAUAACGUACCAAAUUUUGCCAGAAGAACAAUUGUUAUAAUGCUCCACCACCACCCCCCCUCCCAUGACCUUAAAGUAGCCUAUACAGGGGUGGAGGCAAUAUUUUGUUGUUGGUGGGGGGGAGGGGUGAACCACUGGUACCCUGAGACCCCGGGCUUAAGCUCCUAGCCAUAUUAAGCUGCAAUUUUGUUACCAUGUUGUAAAAAAAUAGGGGACUGUGAACAGUCUACAUGAAUGCCAGAAAAAUUGCUUAAAAACCCCACCCCUGACAGUGACACAUAUCUAUAUAACCCAUACCUGGUAGUAUGCUGAUCCCUACCUCACCCUCAGCCUAUACUCUUGGUACAGCAAUUGGGUUUGGGUUAAGUUCUCCAAAGUAUUUUGUAGGUGUGCAACCACAAAAUGAUAACUUUAGUUUUCUUCCCAGUCCCAGAUAUAAUUUCCCUCUUUCUUUUCUUACUGGCUAGUGUCAAUUUGUCCCAGCCUACCCCAGCCCUGGUGAUACUUUUUUUCUGUUUGGGUUAUUUUAGGUUUGUGGGAAACUGCCCACCUACCCCUCCCCUAAGUCAACAUUACCACUUAAUUCUCACUUAGGGCAAAAUGUUGGCUUAGGGGAGGGGUAGGUGGGCAGUUUCCCAGAAACCCAACUUGAACCUUCUGUUCUUCUGUUUCCUUUGAAGGUGGUUCUCUGGCCAAAGUGGCAUACAUGUCACAAGUAAGAACCAUUAGGAAACGACAUUACAGCUUUACUUCGUUAACUUCAUUGGCUAAGAGUGAUGAUGAAGACCAGGACAAAGGGGCAUUGGUGAGUUCAACCUGAUAAUUAUAGAAGUGUAGUCUUCAAUCAGCACAUGGAGUUUAUGAGUUCGAGCAGGUCCCAUAAUAUUUGUUAGGGACAUGUAGCUCAGCUGUUGCAACCCUUACCAGAUCCCCGGGGAAGGUGGGGGGAGGGGUAUUACUUGGGUUAAUUUUUGCUUGGUAUGUGCUGCUGGCCUCUCAGAGCCCCUACCCCAUUAUAGUCUAUUCUGUGACCAAUUAUAGACCCCUUCUUAAUCGCUUUUGGGCAAAAACGUACUUUUCGCAAUCCCAACUUAGUCACUUUCUAAUAUGUAUCAACCUUAUAUUGAAUAAAGAACACUUUACUUUUCACCUACAGUACAAACAUUCUGGUAUGUUUGCCAAACGUAAAUCUUGAACUCUCUUACCCCAAAAAUCAGCAAAUGUGCAACCCCAUUCCACUAACGCUAUUGAAAAUGUGACCCCAUUAUAGUCAAUCCUGUCAUGAAAAUGUGACCCCAUCCAGCAGCACAUCCCUAUUACCCUUGUAUAAAGAGGUACCCCCCUCCCCCCGGGACCAGACCAUAGAGUACCCUCAUGUGAGGCCCUGUUAGUUGGGGGGUGGGGUGGGGCUACAAAUGUUACUACUUUGAACUUCAAAUCAGAUUCUCUUUUAUGUUAUGGAGGAAGUCAUGUUUCUAUUAGUAUUUUACCACUGUAUUUACACUUGUUUAAGUCUUUCUGUUGUACUGUCAGAAAGUCUUUUACAACUUUAUGUUCUUACCAGCCUGACAGAGGAUCUUCUGGGCAUAUCUACGAGAUCAAGGAAGACCAGGAAUCUAGUAUCCGAUUACACUUCAUAAAGUUUGAAACCAAGUACAUUGAAAUGUGUGUCAACUUUAUCAAAGACAACAUUUUAACUGCUGCAAAUAAAGACAAGGCUCUUAAGGCAACAGGUAAUCAAAAGCCAAAUGGAGAGUUUGUAAAAAAGUUUCAUGAAAAAGAAGCCCUUACAAAAAACGAAAAGUGUCCAAAUGCAUCCAACAGACAACAUACUUAUUCUCCCCAUGAUAAACACCCUGGUUUAAUGCUUCUAAAACUCCCCUUACAAUAUCUCACCAUGCCCUUUAGGAAAUAUCACCAAGAUAGUAUUCCAUAACGACUUAAUUGACAUCCACAACCAGAGCUCUUUGACCUUGGAGAGGGAUGAUGAACAUUUACACCAAAUAUGGUCACAAUGGCACCAUGUUUUUGACACUAUCAUAAUAGCUUGUGAAGACAAAAAGGCAAUCAAACAAUGGUUGCUGUCAUACUAGAAAAAUGUCUUUAGUCAUCUGUCUUCACUUAUAAAGUUCUUAAUAGUCCUUUUUCGUGUUGCUUUUAAGGUGGUGGUGCUUACAAAUACAUUGAUUUGUUGACAAGUAAACUUGGUUGCAGGUAGGUUGAACCAGAGUGCAAAGAAAGUCGGUUUUACGGCUUGCCAUUCGGGAAAGUUGUUGCUAGUAUGUACAAGCCCAAGAGUCUUUUAAGUAGGCUCAAUUCAAUUCAAUUCAAUUUAGCACCAUUGAUUACAGUUCUUCUGUAAUGACAGGGGAUCUUCUGGGCAUAUCUUUGGGCAAGUUAAGUUAAGAACGGGAUUCACUAGCCAGAUUGCAAAAUCCACUAGCUCCAGGCUAUCAGACAUGACCUUCUUUGCACGCUGAGGUUUUAAGUGGAUUCAUAUUAUCUCACUCAAGUUUAAGUAAGUUCAAAAGCAUCUCAUCAUGGCAGACAGUGUACAUGAAUUGGGACUAAUCUCUUGGUCCAUAGAUACAAGAACAAAAGACAUCUUUGACAAAGUUGGAUGAAAAGUGUUUAAUUCUGAAACCAACAUUCAACAUCCCUUAAACUGACAUGCAAAUAGGCAAAUGUGUUGCAUCCAUUUGAUCAUGGCAAAUUCACUAACAACAAUUUUUGCAUCACCUCAUCCUACCGUUAUACUUACCGUAAUACAAAGAUGCCCAUGAGGUCUGUUGCUCAUAACUGUUGCACACAAAAGAACCAAAUUUAAAUCCUUCAGUUGUUUUGUACAUUUCUUAGGGUGGACAAGGAAGAUGAGAUGGAAUGUCUAAUCAGAGGCUGUAACUUUCUACUGAGGAAUAUCUCAAAUGAAGUGUUUGAAUUCCAUCGUGAACAAGAUCCACCUUAUGUCUUUCAAAGUCUAAAUCAUUCUGAACGCUUUCCUUAUCUUUUGGUCAACAUUGGAUCUGGAGUCAGUAUUGUCAAGGUAAUUUCACAGUAA